GUCUACAACUACACCAGCUGCACCGCCCUCGGCAGCACUAACCCUGCAACGCGCAUCGCCCACAAAGCGCUACCACAAUUCUCUGGCCCCGGCACAUCAAGACUCCUCGGGUCCAAUAGUAUCGAAGUAGACGCCAGCCACGCAGCGCUCCCCAAUGGCAUUGCGUCGCAUAUACACGACUCCGAUGACACGCACCUCGACGCGAUAAUUCACCCAACGGGAGCCGUGGCGUCGGCGUUGCUGGCGAUGAUGCAGACAAUGGACAGACCCGUCAGUGGGGAGGAGUUUGUGACGGCGCUUGUUGCGGGGAUUGAGGCGGAGUGUAAGGUUGGUUUGGCGGUUUGGCCGAGCCAGCACAGCGGGCUCCAUCGGCGCCGCAGUCUCCGUCAGCAAACUCCUCAAUCUCGCCGCCCCCAAACCGCACAUGCCAUAGGUCUCGCCGCAACACAAGUCACCGGCCUCCGCGAGAUGUUCGGCUCGCACACAAAAUCGUUUCAUCUGGGACGAGCUGCGCAAAACGGCCUUCUAGCUGCUGUCCUCGCCGCGGAGGGUUUCACUAGUUCCACCUCUGCGCUGGAGGCGAAGCGCGGCUGGGCGAAUGUGGUUAGUUCCCAGCACCAGCAUUGA